CGCCGCCCGCGGGCACAGCAUGCGCUAGCCAUGGGCAAGAAGAACUCCAAGCUCAAACAGGACACCAUCGACAGGCUCACCAAGGACACCUACUUUUCCGAGAAGGAGGUUCGACAAUGGCACAAGGGAUUCCUGAAAGAUUGCCCCAAUGGCCUGCUCACGGAACAGGGCUUCAUCAAGAUCUACAAACAAUUUUUCCCACAAGGCGACCCGUCCAAGUUCGCGUCCCUCGUCUUCAGAGUGUUCGACGAAAACAACGACGGUUCCAUCGAGUUCGAAGAGUUCAUACGGGCCCUGUCCAUCACGUCCAGAGGCAACCUCGACGAGAAGCUGCAUUGGGCCUUCAGGUUAUAUGACGUCGAUAAUGAUGGCUACAUUACCAGAGACGAGAUGUACAACAUUGUGGACGCCAUCUAUCAGAUGGUGGGCCAGCAGCCAAACGCGGACGACGACAACACCCCGCAGAAGCGCGUGGACAAGAUCUUCGACCAGAUGGACAAGAACCACGACGACCGGCUGACGCUGGAGGAGUUCCGCGAGGGCAGCAAGGCCGACCCGCGCAUCGUGCAGGCGCUCUCCAUGGGCGACGCCGGGCCGCGCAUGUCGGCCGCCGGCCAGCCGCCCCCGGCCACCCCCGGCGUCGCGACGCCGCCCCCGCAACAGGCGCCGGCAUCGCCGUCGCCCGCCCCGGGGUAGCCCCUCGUUGCGUCGCACGGCCUCCCCCCUGGUAGUCCGAGGACGUUGACCUCCAUUCCGCUGAAUGCUGACUCUUGUUACAGGUUGAAGCGUAACCUUUCGUUGCCGUUCACUUCUGUUGCAAAACGGCUGUUCCGUCGCAAAGUGACUGUCGUUUGAAUAUGUCUGAGCAGUGGCUGACAAUGUUCGGCAACUUCACAAUUUCACUUUUUUUUGCGCUUCGUGUGAUCCGUUGACCUGCAUAGGGACAGUAUUAUUGUUUGGUUGUAAUCGAAAUAUAUCGUGUAGAUUCUUCUCAUUGCACUUGGAAAUAGGUUACUAUGGACACGUUAAAUGUUUUCUGUGUAUCCCCCUGUCAAAUCUCUACUGUACAUCUGCACGAUAUGAAUAAUGAACUUCUCCACGAAUGUUAAACUGAUACACAAGCAUUUAAGUAGUCAAUAAAAAAGCUACAAUGACUUCCUUGGAGAGUCAGGAAGUUUUUAAGGAAACUUCAUAAAGGAAUCGUGUUAUUAUCUUUCCAAAACACGAGUGUUAUGAAAUAUGCUAUUUUCAACACUUUGUUUCGGAGAUAACAAUUGAUAUCGCGUGGAAAUAUUGAUAAAAUAUCGUGAAAAGACUGGCAUUUCUAUCAUUACUGGCAUCCGUCACACUUUCGCUGCCUUUACAAAUGUUAUACACUAGCCUCCAUUUUUGUCUAACUAAAUUAAUUGUAUCGUAUAAAAAUAUGUAAAUGCAGCAUAAUAUAUACUGCGCUGAAACCGUGAGGUCUCAAUACAAUGAGGCAUGCGCCGUCUUGUAGACUCUGCUGAAUGAUUAAUUCCUAUCAUGAUUUACCUGACUGUGGUUCUCGGUGGACACUGAGGACUCGUGUGUCUUUAGCACACUACUGUAUAACGCAUAGUCACCGUCCGGAAACAUGAACAUUUCUUUUUUUUCCCUGUUAUAUCUCCACCUAAAAUAAACUCCGUAAUUCACGUUGCCUACGGGUUGGUAAAGGUUCACAUUUUGUACCAAAAAAUUUCUAAUGUAAUUUCUUCUGGUUCCAGUUUCCAUCUACUGUGUAGUAAAUUUAAUUUUUUUUUCUAAAGUCCACAGAAUGAUACUGAUGUUAGCAACUAAGCGCAAAGCUAGCGUUUUAGAGGAACAGCAUUUCAACAUUCAGAGGAAAGCAAAUAAUUUUUGCUCGCCUGUGAGAAAAUUGUUACAGCGAAACUGUUAAUACUCGAAAUACAGUGCUAGCGUGGACAAACUUUGUUUUUCAUAACAAUAUCAACGGAAAGAAGGUACCGCAGAUAACAUCAGCAACUUCCUGACUUUUCAAGCCAUAUCUAGAUUUCUUUGUAACGGUGUGAUAUCUUUUGCUAUUCAUUAUCAGUCACUGACGGGGAUAGAACCGAAGAAAAGUUGCUUGCUAACUAGACGUUUAAGACGUAAGUUUUGCUUUUAAUUUCGCUAUCAUAGGCUUUGUAUGACGCCACAAAUAAAGUGUAAAGCUUGUUGUUGUUGUUAUUGUUAUACUCAUAGUGUACAGCUCAGUGUAUCUGACCACAUCAAGUGAGUUGAGAAAGAACUGUGACUUAACUCUACGGUAAUGAGACUGUUUUUGCUAAGUGACACUAUCCCCCACCAUCAUCAUUUUGAAAUUAACGCAUCACAGUGAUAAGAAGUUUGAGAAUAAGAAUAUCACAGACGCUUGAGAUCAGGUGCAGCCUGCUUUUCUUAUUUGAUGUUUUCAAGUUUAUACGUGUGUGAGAAAGCUCUGGGUCUAUGGAUGUGUUUGUUACAGCAGCAGAAUCCAUCCUAUCAGUCGACACGGAUUUAUACUAUCACAGACAAAGAAGUUGUUGCGGAUGUAGGGACAAAGCACAGAUGUGCCAGAAGUAACUGCUAUGUCACACUAGUUCGACGUGGCUAACUGCCAUAUUGCUUCAAACUGUUAGACAGAUUAUAAAUCCAAGCAAACAAGAACUAGAUCCUUUCUCUUUCGUGCAAAAAGUGUACAAAUGUAGCUGUUUGGCCACCCUGCACGAUCCUCUUUGAAGCUUCGAUCAGUGCCCAGCACUUCCUCUUCCAUGGCCUAAUGCCUGACUGUGACAUUUACUCUGUUAAAUGAAAAUUCCUCAAAAGUGUUGUGCAGAGUAUUUGGGAUGUUCCGCUGAAGAACCAAAGUGUCGAUCGGGGAGUUCUUUAAAUGUACUUCUCACACAGGAAUUGUUCAGUAACUGCAAAAGGUGUCAAUGUAUCGCAGUACUAAAUACGGUCCAUCAAAAUGAGUGUGUGUCUACUGUAGACCCAUCUAGAUCAUUAAAUUAUAACAAUGAUUACUUUAAAUAAUUUUUUCGCCCAAUUUUUUAGCUACGCAAGUAUCUUAAUACGACUAUAGUUUAUCAUGCAUCGUUUUCAGUAAUUUUCGCUUGAAAGAUAUUCCUCAAUGUGGCUGUAAAGAAAUCGACCCUAAUGUGGAAGUGUGUACAGCUAUAUGUCUAAUACAUGUAAAGUAUAUAGCAUUCGGUGAUGAAUGGGACGGGUUUCGCUGCUAAUCCGUCACUGUUGUGGAACGUGUUUUGUAUUUGUGAGUUUGUAUGUGUGUUUAUGAAAUGGCGCUUUCGUAUUUGUUUUAAGAUUGUCCGUAUGCAAGUGGCCUAGAUAUGUCAUGUAUUUUUUUUUUUAUUUUCUUAGCAACUCUGUGAUAAGUAACAAGCAUUUGAGUGCUAUAAUGUCUGAGAACUGGAUAUUUAUUUUUUAACAGGAAGUGCAUUUUUCGUAUAAGUCGAUCUUGCUCGCCAUUUGGGUAGUCUCACCAACUAAUUCAUAUGUGUGUGUUUUGAUGACGCCAGUGGACAAAUAAUCUGAUGUAUAGACAGUUAAAAUCACAUUGCCCUUAAAUUAUGGUGUCUAGCUUUAGUUUAUCUGUAGAAUAGCAUCUUCUCAAAGUUUGUAAUCUCCUUUACGACUAGACAUGUAAAUAAUAAUUAUUUAUCAAUAUAUAGGUCUAUAAACUAGUCGUCACCGUUUACUAAAUGUUGCUAGUCAAACCUUAUUUCGGUUCCUCAGCAGUUUCAACAUUACAACUGAAGUAAUGCGUGACUAUUUUCCAAUUUAUGCUCUGAAUGUAUACUUUACUGGAAAGCAAAACAGUUUUACAUAAACCGUAUCUUUCUUCAAUCAAAUACUGUAACACUAGCAAUAGAGUUUGAAGGUAAAAGAUUCUGAUUAUAGAAACACUUUAUGUUCUAAACCUUCGCUGCCGCCUAUGUGGUUACAGUAUUAGAAUUCUGAUAAGCUAACGCCGAAUGAGAAAAUAGUUUCAGUGGUAAAAUUGAGUUGGCGACCUUCUACAACAAAUAGUUGACGUAACUUUCACUGUAGCGGAAUUCGAGAGUGAAAUCCAGGUGUUGUGUACUAUUUUAGUGCAGGCAGUUAAAAAAAUAUUUUUUCCAUCGAGAUUGUGAAUAUAAUUUUGAACACAAGGGCAUGUUUCCGAUCAUUACUAAAGUAUAAAAGAAAUAAUUACAGAAAAUUUAGAAAAAACAAGAGAACAAAAGAAAACAUGAUUAUUUUCAAUCAUAAUGACGUCAUACUUUUGUAAUACGCCCAAUUUGCUGUCGAGACCUGCGAGAAAUCCAGACUAAAGUUCAGUGCAACUUGUAUAUAAGAACUGCUUAUAUUUAUUUUAUGAAAAGCAAUUGUAAUAAUAUUGAUGUUAGGUUGCACCCAUCUGAUUGUGUAUUGUAUUUUUCGGAAACUAUUUUGAUAAAUGUUAAUGUUAUCUACAAUGAAAUAAUACAAAAGCUGUUUAUGUGGUUUAUGACAAUCGCUGGAAAGUUCCAGUGUCAUUUGUGUGAAAAGGCCAUCUAGACACAAACAUUCCAGUAAUUUUGUAAAGUUAUUGGUUGUUAAAUUAUUCUUCAGGUGAUGUGAGAUGUACAACAAACCUUAUUUUUGUUGUAAAUAUAUUUGAGCGUUAGAUAAUUAAAACAUUUAAUGAUUCAUUGAAAUGAAUGUGGUGAAAAGCUUUUAUAUCCAUUUUAUAUCCCAACUGAGUUAUCUGUUACUGCAACCAUUGCCUUUACUAUUGUAUUCCUUUAUAAGUAACACUGCAAACAAUAUUGACUUCAAAGUGCACAUUGAAAAGAAGAUAUUAUGUAUGUGAUUGUAAUCGCUAGCAUCCUGACGAAUGUGAUACCUGUUACUAUAAGUCACUAAACAUUUUUACCUUACAUUUAAUACAUUAAAGUGUCGUAGUUCAUAAUGUUCAGUCUAAUACUUUUUUACAUCUAUAUAUCAGAAAACUUUGUAAUACGACUAAAACAAAGAUUUAAGAUGGUAGGAAAUCUCAAGAAUGACAGGUUUUCAUAUAUCUUCACACACCUGUACGCAUUUCAAACUAUCUCUAAACAAUCUGAAAAAUUAAAUUUGCUAUUCGAUCGUAACAAGAUGUUCCAGUAGGACGUUAAAUGAUAACUGCACCACCGUGUUCAUAGAGCACGUCAGUACCUGUAAACUAACAAUUCUUUUCGUGGAUUAUGUAUUUCACAUCACAUCUGUAAGUAAAUAAUAAGUUCUGGUUGCAUAAAUGUACAGUCAGAUAUCAAUCAAAAAUAAAACAGUAGAUUAACAUACAACAA